AGGGCUCGCGAGGAAGCCGCCGCCGCCCCGGUCUCCCCCGCAGCCCUGCGGCGUUUCCAGCCAGCGGGACCGGGCUGCCCGUGCCCGUGGCGGGAGGAAAAUGGCUCAAGCUACUGCACCAGCAGCAUCCAUCCAUGAUGAGGAAUCCUUAGAAAGCAGAAUGGUGGUUAAAUUCCUCAUGUCAGGACUUGAGUCAAUGUGUAAAGAACUUACCAAGUCCAAGGCAGAAGUUGCCUGUAUUGCUCUGUAUGAAACAGAUGUGUUUGUAGUUGGAACGGAAAAAGGAAGAGCCUUUGUCGACUCUAGGAAAGAUUUUCAGAAGGAUUUUGUUACAUACUGUGUUACAGAAGAGGACAGGGCUGCAGAACUGCAGAAAACGAAGACUACACCAGCUGAAACAGGGGUAAACAAUCGCACAAGGGAUGUUGUAGACCUGGAGACUCUUAGAAAGUCUGUGGAGGACUUUUUCUGCUUUUGCUAUGGUGAAGCUUUAGGAAAGUCAACAAUGGUACCUGUGCCAUAUGAGAAGAUUCAGAGGGACCAGUCUGCUGUGAUAGUGCAGGGCCUGCCCAAAGGACUUGCGUUUAAAAAUCCAGCAAAUUACGAUGUUUCAACCCUGAAAUGGAUUUUGGAAAACAAGUCAGGGAUCUCGUUUAUUAUCAAAAGGCCUUUCCUAGAACCAGAGGAACACAUAGGAGCUCAUAUGACAGAUGCUUCACAUUCAGUUAUACCUCUGGGUGGAAGUUGUUCUCCUAUUAAAGUGAAAAUGGAGCCAAGCGGAGAUUCUGGAAUUUCUUCGGAAACGGCAACAGUACCAGUGAAGGGGGAAUCAGAUGACCCUGACUACUGUAGAUUUAAUAUCCCAGCAGGCCCUUCCAAGACAUCAGACAUGGAUGAAAAAUCUGGUCUUGCAAAAAGCUACACAGCUUCCUCCCAGCAUGACUCGUCAGAAACAAGUGAGGAUUCUGAGGUUGAAUUCUCCAGUGAAGAAGAUGAUGAUGACUAUCUGCCCCCUAACAAGAGACCGAAAUGCACUAGGUCAACUAAUGGAGCUGACAAUUCUGGGAGAAGAAAAGUGGAAGAGUGCACUGUUGAUGAUGAUGACUAUAUGCCCUCAUAUAAGAGGCGAAAAAGGACCAAGUCGACUAAUGAAGCUGGCAAUUCUGAGAGAAGAAAAGUUGGAGAAUUCAAUUUUGAGAAAUGGAAUGCACGAAUUACAGACUUGAGAAAGCAAGUUGAAGAGCUGUUUGAAAAAAAAUACGCUGAAGCUAUAAAAGCAAAAGGUCGAGUGUCUAUCCCAUACGCACUCUUCCAGUCAACUGCGGAAGACUUACAAGUGGAAGGGCUGCCAGAAGGUGUCCCCUUCAGGCGUCCAUCCACGUACGGCAUUCCCCGGCUGGAAAGGAUACUUCUAGCAAAGGAGAGGAUUAAAUUUGUGAUUAAAAGGGAUGAACUUCUGAAUUCAACAGAUGUUCCAUUGGACAAAACAGCUAAAGGAGUCUCAAAUACAGGAAAAGAGGAGUGGCAUACCAAAGUCACCAAACUGAGAAAGAUGGUAGAUCAACUCUUCUGUAAAAAGUUUGCCAAGGCCUUGGGGAGCAGUGAGCCCAAAGUUGUUCCAUACAAGAAAUUUGAAGCUCAUCCAACUGACCUCUAUGUUGAAGGGCUGCCAGAAAACAUCCCUUUUAGGAGUCCCUCCUGGUAUGGAAUCCCUUGCCUUGAAAAAAUAAUUCAAGUGGGCAACAGAAUAAAAUUUGUGAUCAAAAAACCAGAGCUGCUAACUCUCACUUCAACCGAAAUUAUUCAGCCCAGGUUGAACCCAAGAGAGAGAGAAGAUUGGAAUGCCAAGAUCGCAAACCUAAGAAACCAAGUAGAAGAGUUAUUUAGUAAGAAAUUUGGCCAAGCUCUGGGGAUUUCAGAGAUAGUGAAAGUUCCCUACGCUAUAUUUGAGUCAAAUCCUGCACAUUUGUGCGUUGAAGGCUUGCCAGAUGGAAUCCCCUUCCGGAGUCCCACAUGGUUUGGAAUUCCACGCCUUGAAAGAAUUAUCCGUGCGAGUGACAAAAUCAAAUUUGUUAUUAAAAAGGCUGAGCUUCUCAAUUCCUAUUUGUCUCGAAAACUGGCUAAUAAAAAAUUCACGAAAGCAACGAGUCCAGGGAGUUCCAAAAGGUCGCGAAGUCCUGCACGCAAUUCAAAUGUCCCAGAGAUUGAAGUUACUGUUGAUGGAAGUCCUGAGAAAACACAAACAACAAGGACUCAAAUUAAUUCUCAAACCAAUGGCUCCAAUAUAAGUUUCAAGCUACAAGGAAAAGACUUCUCUUUUCAGGCAUGGAAUGCCAAAAUUAGUGACUUAAAGCAGAGAGUCGAAGAUCUUUUUAAUGAAAAAUGUGGGGAGGCGCUAGGACUCAGUAAACCGGUGAAGGUGCCAUUUUCACUGUUUGAAUCCUUCCCGGACGUUUUCUACGUGGAAGGACUACCUGAGGGGGUACCUUUCCGCCAACCUUCAACUUUUGGAAUUCCAAGACUAGAGAAGAUCCUGAGAAACAAAUCUAAAAUAAAAUUCAUUAUUAAAAAGCCUGAGAUGUUGGAGGCAGCUGUUAAAGAAAGUUCUGCUAGAAGCCCCUCAAAUGAUGACAGUGAGCGACCGUCAAAAGUAGAAAAGACCAGACAAUUGAGAGAGCAAGUAAAUGAUCUUUUUAGCCAGAAAUUUGGUGAAGCCACUGGUAUGAAUUUUCCUGUGAAAGUUCCAUACAGAAAAAUCACUACCAACCCUGGGUGUGUGGUGGUGGAGGGGUUGCCUCCCGGCGUGGCGUUUAAAGCGCCCAGUUAUCUGGAAAUCAGCUCGAUGGAGAAGAUUUUGGAAUCAGCAGAACUUAUCAAGUUUACUGUCGUUCGACCAUUUCCAGGACUUGUGAUUAACAAUCAUCUGAUGGAAAAAGCUGAAGCAGAAGCAUCACCAACAGCAGCAGCCCCAGGACUACCAGAGCCAACUGAAACAAGCGGAAUAGAAGUAUCUCUAGGAGAUAACACAGAAAAAGAAGAAAAUUCUCAAAUAAAACAAGAACCACACCCAAUAAAGCAAGAACCACACCUAAUGUCGUAGACAUCACCAAUACCAGAAGCAUCCGGUUCUGAGAAGAGCCUGCUGGGCCUGUCUAGAGCUGUGUAAUAUAACUGUAUACGAAAAGUAUCUUCAAUUCAAACCCUUUUGUAUAAGAGAAAUACCUUCUAUACAAACCCUUUUGUAUUUUUAAAUAUAAAUGUGUACUUUUUCAGCAGUUCUGUGAAUUGACUUAAAGCAAAAAAUGACUGUAGAUUUGGAAUGGCUGGUUUUAGUUUGGAGUAUAUUUUAAGGACUAAAUACGAUGCAGCAAUGCUGGGGAGAUGAUAGGGAUUAAAAUGAUUAUGGACUUAGCUGAGGCUGUCUACAUUCCCAAUACAGCUAAAUUUCACCAUACCUGAAUGCAUCUCAGCUUUUUUAAUGAGGAAAAAUUUCUGUAAAGAGUUCACUUUUUUUACUUUGGAAGAAAAAAAAUCAUUCAUUUUCAGUUACUAUUUUAAUGGUUGAUUGGACAAUAGUAUCUGCAUAUUUGAACUAAUUUUUCCUGUCAUACCUGUCACAAUUUAUAUGUUUUUCCUAAAUAAAAGAUAAACUGGUUCAUUUGAUGAUUAGUACUCAUUAAUGAGAUGGACUGUGAAAUGGUCAGUAUUUCAGUGUUAAACCUUGUUAUAGUUUCUUCCAUUAAUUAAAAGUAGUAAGUGCAUGUUUUAUCAGAGUAUCACAAGUUUAUAUAUGAUGGAUUUGGUCUUGCAGUCCUACUGUAGGCAAUAGUCCUGUGGAUCUGUGUGAGAGCUUUUCUGAAGGCUGUGGGGAUGCCUUUCUGUUCAUCUAGAACUAGUUAUGGAAACAUGCUACAAGCUGCUCUAAGUCCUACUAUGUCAAAAGCUCAGGAUAUUCUGUGAUUCUGUGACUACAACAAUCAGUCGAAGUCCCCUGUAGUCCUGGUUACGCCCCACAUCAUGUAAGAGACUAAUGUGCUUUUUUUUUUUUUAAAGUUUCACAAGCCAUAAGACAUGUACAAUUCUGGCUGUAUGAUAAUCUCUAAAGAUGCAAGUUAUUCUAAAGGUUUCUCUUUUACUGGAAUGAGCUUAGGAUGACUGCAUUUUAUGCACAAAUGGUAAACUUUAUUCCCUGAUGAAGAAAUAAAGACUUUCCUGAUGGUUUUCAUGACUGUCCGUGCAGUAUACAUUUAUGUAUUUUACAACAAGUCCUAGCAAUAAUUCUGUAGGCAGGUAGAACAUGCUGCAGCACAGUUACUUCCUUCCAGCAAAGAGGUAAGGUCCUGUCAUGCCUUUGAGAUAGAAAUCCAGCUCUGGGUGGGUGAGGUGGUUGUAUCUUCAAGGAAAAUUUUGGAGCCUUAAAUUCGUUUGAGUAGAGUGUCUAUUCCCUGGAAGAAAUCUGAAAUGCAGCAGAUAAAUUCAGAGCAGCACAUGCUUGUGUUUUCACAAUUGCUCCAUGCAGAUCUAGGUGCUCCCACUCAAUUCUGAGACCUUGUGCUGGUGAUGUCAGCAGGGGGCAAGGUUGGCUUUGUGCUGAGGCAUUUUGAAAACACACAUCCUGUCCGACCUUCCUGCUCUCCAGCUGGUGGUGACUAGUGCCGAGCUGCCUUCCUGCCUCAGCAGACAGCCCCUCCCAGCCCCAUGGAACGAGCCCGUUGGUGCACCUUGUCUGCUAACCCAGCCUAUGGAUACUCUCCACAUUAUAACCACUAACACAUUUGCCUGCUGAUGACUCAGACAGGCUCAGUUAAUGAAACUGCAGCAAUAGGUCAGGAUCAAGUUUCGCACUUGCUGCUGGACAUGUUCAGAAUGAAGAAAUGAGCUAAUGCAGCUUUCUCUGGGUUUUGGCUGGCUCGACUUCCCCUUCUGAAAAAGCAGAAGGACAGUCCAUCCCUGCUUCACACACAGCCCUCUUUAGGAGGCACGUUUUGCACAGCUGCCUGCAGAGCAAGGCUGUCUAUUGCUGAUGGAGUUUCAAGUGUUUACUCAAAAUGAGGGCAAGGUAUCACAGCAAAGGAACUGGGAAAAUAAAUAAUUCCAGGAUAUUGCCUUGUCAAGUGUAUAAUAGCAGAGUGGUCCUCCUACAACUUUGUAUGCAGGACCUGAAAAAAAAAUUAAGUGAAAGGGGAUCCAGUGGUUUUACUGGAAGGAUUAGAGUCCUUAUGUGAUGCUGGGAGUUGGAGUGGUGGUGUGCAUCAUGUGUGUCCUGCUGCUGGGCGUGCAGUAAUGCUGAUGGGUGUGUUGGUACUCAACGCUGAAGGCUCAUUUUGGUCUCAGACAUUUUGAGUUACAUCCGGUAGAGGUAAAUUAGACUGACAAAAUAAUUGCACCAAUAUUUAUACCUUCCAAAUAUCAAUUUUAUAUUAAGAAAUUACCUACCUCUAAUCCUAACAGCAGACUUUUAAGAUGAUGACUGUGAAAAUCUCACUCAUUUUCAAACACAUGAGAUAUGUCACUCUUUAGGUGUUGAGUGAUAAUGCCCUAAAAAACCCUGGUUGUACUAAUAAACAAACAAAUAAAUAAAAUUGCAACCACUUACCAGACCUCUGACUAGUUUUUGUUACAGCAUGAAAGGUUUGUGUUGACAAGGAAGGAGACAAGUAUUUAUUCCCUAUGUUUUACUGAAUUUUAAAAGCCUGUCCUGUGCAGUGGGCUGGCUCCUUUCUCUUAAAUGGGAAUUUUGGAUCCAAGUAGUGCAGUAUCCAGGAUGUCCAUGGUGAAACUGGGCAUUUCUCGGUUACGGCACCCUGGCUUUUCUCACAGCGUAACAACCAGUUUAAGUCCAGCACCUCUGUGGUGCAGCUGCUGGCCAGUGUUUUUCCCUUGGGAAUUAAAGUUUUCCACAUACAAAACUUGAACCUUUUCUCCUUUGUUUCUUUCUGUAUCUGUCCUGUCAGAGACCCACUGUCAAGGAAGAGGGCAGGCUCUCGUUUCUGUGAUUGUGUAACAGCUGUCUGCCAUCAGUGACGUAAGCAAGGCCUCCCUUGGCUCUGUAUUGAAUUAAGCUGAAAUUUAAACUACCAAAAAUAAAAAAUUACAUUUU